GGUCCGGGGGCCGGAACUCGGCGGCCGCGGCUGGGUGGACGUCACACAGGGGCGUUCCAGCGUGUCCGCACCGGCGGCCCGGCGUUGAAGAAAAAGGUUGAAAGCGUUCUCCCCGCGGUAGAGCCCAGUGCGCAGGGAGGAAGCCCGAAAUCCUUAUUUCAGAUCCGAGCCUCUAUGGACCCUGGAAAUGUCAACAUUGGAAAUUACUCACAGAAUGUAUUCACUCAGCCAAUUGACACCAGCAUUUCUUCCUUGAGAAAAUUUGAACCCCUUUGCCAAUUUCAUCAGACAGAAUCAUUUAAUAAUGAAAUAGCAGUUCAAGAUCUGACGGAAAGCUUAUCUUAUACAGAGGAGCCAGAAUUGCAACAUUAUGUAUGUGAUUAUGCAGAAGACACCAAUAUACAGGAAGACUCAUUUAAGGAAGAAAACCCGAUGGGAACUAGCACUUUCACACAUACAGAUCAGUUUGCUCUUGAGUGUGUCAGACAGCCUUCUAGAAGCCCACCUCUAAUCCACUGCAGUGAAGAGACACUGAAAUUCAUGGAAAUGCCACUGGCUAAUAGUACUGCCACGGAAUCUGCCCUCAAUCCUAGUCAGUCUCAAGACUUCUUGUGUGAGGAAGAAGUACAUAGUGAUGUUGAACAACCAUUUUAUAAAGAAAAUCUGAGAGCUAAUUAUGAAGCAGAGGAGAUUGCAAGUUCUUCCAAAGGAGUACAAAAUUCUAUGGAUAUUCCUGAGAUGUCAGUCAGGCACCAAAAGGAAGUCCCAGAAAAAGGCAGGUGGAGUCCACAGAUGGUCUCAACUUGGGCUCCUGCAGGCAUUUGUUGGAGUGGUGGAGCGUCUCAGGAGGCCUGCAUGACACCUGACACAGAGCAGAGCUUGGAAAGCUUACAACCUCUGGAAGAGGACAUGGCUUUAAAUGAAGUCCUACGGAAAUUAAAACGUACCAACAAAGAACAGGAAACUCGGAUCCAAGACCUAGAGCGUCGUAACUCAUAUUUAGAGAAGAAGGUUGAAGAACUACAGAUGACUACGACUAAACAGCACGUGUUUGUGGACAUCAUCAAUAAGCUAAAGGAGAAGAUCGAAGAGUUAAUUGAAGAAAAGUACAGAAUAAAGCUAGAAAAGAGUGAUACAGAGAAGACACUGCAGGGUGUGCAUGAGAUUUUAGUUACCACCCAAAUCCACCUUCAGGAAUACCAGAGUGAAAAGGAAACCUUACAGUUAGAGUUUAAGAAACUCAAGGGCAAUUAUGUGAGUCUACAGGAAAGGUACAUGACUCAGUGCAUGGAGAUGGACAGUGCCUUGAGCAAGAAAGAAGAAGAGAUAGAGAGACUGCAGCAACUCAAAGGAGAACUGGAAAAGGCCACCAUUGCUGCUCUGGACUUGCUGAAAAGGGAGAGGGAGACCAGAGAGCAAGAGUUCCUGUCUUUACGGGAGGAAUUUCAGAAAUGUGAAAGGGAACACCUGGAUGAAAGAGAGAAAUUGAAAUCUAAACUUGAGAAAUUGGUCGCUCAGGUUCAGAAUGUACAAUUCCUAUCCGACAGUGAAAAGGCUAAGAAUGCAGAACUCCAGCAGCAGAUCAACGAAGUAAAAAAUGAAAACACAAAACUUCAGCAGCAGGUUGCAAGGAGUGAGGAGCAAAAUUGUGUCCCUAAAUGUGAGAUAGCUCGACUCAAGGAUAACUUAGAGGAUGUAAUAGAGUCAGAUGUGGCCAAGGAUGCAAAGAUGACACAUUCUAAUUUGUCCCCGAAUCACUCACCUUGUGAAGAAGGGAGCACAAACCCCCCAGACAUGAAAAGAACUUCACAGCCGACGUCCAGAAGUCUCAGUCUUCUGGAUCUGAUGGUAGAACUUCUCCCACAACAGGACAUCAUCAAUCCUGAUGCUGAACAUUUCAAAGAGAAUGAGAAAGUUAGUGAUACCAUGCCACAUAAAUUGAAGAGUUUUCAUCUUAAAAAGAAAAUUUUAGAUAAAGAGCUACUGAAACAUAAAGACAAAAUUGCAGCUUUCAGAGAGUUACUUGCUAAUGAAAAAUCAUUUCAACAUCAGGUUCCUCAGGUUACAGAAUUUGCCUCCAAGGAAGCCAAGAAUGUCAGAGACGUGCCUGUUGUACUGGGAGCCAGACUGAACCAGUACCACAACCUAAACGAGGAGCUUGAUUUUUUGAUUGCAAAAUUGGAAAAUCUUCUAGAGACAAAAGAAGACCACUGCAACAGACUCACUGAAGAAAAUGACAAACCGAGAAGUCAGCUGAAGCUCCUGACCGCGGUAGGUCAUACUGAUUGA